AUGAAAUUGCCUAAGAGAUUUAGGUUAAGUGGUGGAAUUAAAGCUGGACAUGUGGACGGAUCCGAGAUUAGUGAGCAUGAGGGGACGCUCAUCAUCUUCAUCAUCGUCUUCACCAAUUGUCUCGACAUUGACGCACGCGCAACGCUCCAAGGACGCAAAGAACGCGGCCGCCACGCUGGCAACAAACUUCUUGUCCAAGGUUACUUCAUUCAUCGGAAUUGGCGAACCCCACCGUCACUGUCCCCAGAGUCACCUGAAAAUUUUGAGUUCGCCAGGCUCGUCGCACGGGUCUCUCGGCGCAUGCGCUUGCGCUGCCGACGUUGUAUGACAUUGUCGUGUAGCAUUCCAACUGCCCAAGCGAUUAUUGCGUGUGGGUCGCUCGAGCAUCACCUAAUCGUGAGCAAAGCAUACGACAUUGCAUUGAGACCACGCUUCCAGCAGUCGCACGUCUUCAGGUCGAACGCUAGCUUCUCACGAUGUUGUCUGCUCGCUCGGGGAGCCUGUGCACAGCCUGCGUGCAGAUACGGGUCUCUACGGCAUAGCCUUGCACGAGAAUAUCGUGCACUGUCCGCAGACCCGCCGUACGAUGCCGGUCGCACAUCGCUGAGGCUUUCGACUCCGUCUCUCAGUGAUCUCACAGCGCUUUCUGCAGCCUUCACUAGGUUGAGCGCCUCUUGGCCGCGUGCGACAUAA